AGGGGGACAGUCGUACUCUAAGCCACGUUUUUUCUUUCAGUGGGAGUUCCGUCCGACUCAGGUUUGUCGAUAAAAUGUUUUAGUGUGUUUUAUCGACUACAGACGCAUUGCCGAAGUAACAUGCUCACCAUUGUUGACGUUUAACACGCUAGCGGUAUACUUCUUAUCAAAUGGAAUACUUUACUUGACCGUUUUUAGGUUGACAGUGUAGGUUAGCGUGACAAUUUACGUUUUGAAGUGCUGUUGAUAAUGGGUAAAGGAGGUCAAGGUGAAUCCAAUGGAGUGACAGUUACACGACAACGAGAUGGAAUUAGUUGGGACAUUAUCAAAGAAAAAACUACCCGUGAAGAAAAAUGGUUAGUCAUCGAUGGUGAAGUUUAUAAUAUUACACGAUGGGCAGCAAAACAUCCCGGAGGAUCUAAAGUUAUUAGCCACUAUGCUGGUCAAGAUGCAACAGAUGCAUUUAAAGCAUUCCACAAUGAUUUGAGUGCUGUCAAGAAGUAUAUGAAAGCUAUUCAUAUAGGUACAUUAGAAGACUAUUCAAAAAAUGUCACACCCAUUGAACAAGACUUUAGAGUGCUUAGGGAAUCUGCUGAAAAGAUGGGCCUGUUUAAGCCCAGCCUUUUCUUUUUCUUCUUGCAAAUGCUCCACAUCCUAGUUUUAGAUUGGGCAGCUUGGGCUAUAUUGUACUACUAUGGGACCAGUUGGAUUACAGUUCUGGUUUCACUCAUAUUUAUAACAACUGUAGAGGUUCAGAUAGGAUGGCUACAACAUGACCUGGGCCAUUUGUCUGUGUUUAAAAGUUCUAAAUGGAAUCAUGUCCUGCAUCAUUUUAGCGUGGGAAUUAUAAAGGGUAUGUCUGCAUCCUUUUGGAACCACAUGCACUUUCAGCACCAUGCCAAACCAAAUGUGAUAGACAAAGACCCAGAUGUGCGCCAGGAAACGCUGUUUGUUUUGGGGAACAUAAUGCCAGUUGAAAUAGCCAAGAAAAAGGAGAAAACCAUGCCAUACAAUUGGCAGAGCUACUAUUUUUUUCUCAUUGGACCACCCCUCCUCUUCCCAGUCUACUUCCAGAUCAUGGUUUUUCGCUACAUCUUUACCAGGAGAGCCUGGCUGGAUCUUACCAUGCUGAUAAUUUUCUUCACAAAGUUCUUCUAUUUGUAUUCUCCACUGCUGGGGUUUGGAUAUGCUGUUCUUUACUAUUUCACCUUCAGAUUUCUAGAGAGCAAUUGGUUUACCUGGGUGGCCCAGACGAACCACAUCCCAAUGGACAUUGAGCAUGACACAGCCCUACCCUGGCUAGCCUUGCAGCUUAAAGCCACCUGUAAUGUUGAAAGAAGUUUUUUCAAUGACUGGUUCACAGGGCAUCUCAAUUUCCAAAUAGAGCAUCAUUUAUUUCCCACAAUGCCUCGUCACAACCUCUAUAAGAUUGCUCCCCUGGUGAAGUCACUGUGUGAAAAACAUGGAAUCUCUUAUCAAGUCAAAUCCUUAAGUACUGGCUUAGCAGAUAUUGUGAGGUCUCUAAAGCACUCCGGUGAGUUGUGGUACUCUUCAUAUCAAGCUUACCAUGUCCCUUCCUCUUGAUGAUUGUGGAGAGUUACUGAAAUAGAAGAAUGCAUUUGACAACUUAAGAAAAUAUGCUGACUUAAGGCUUUAUAAAAUAAAGCAAAUAUCAUUACAAUUUCAAGCUAAACAUUAAUGAUGUAUUUUGUUUAUUGAAGUUUUAAUAUUUCAGAUUUUACGCUUUAAUUUUGAGCUAAUUUUUAUUUUCUUUAAAUUAUGCUCGAUUUACAUUAAAAUCCUUAAUAGUGAAAGGGGUCACAACCUAUUGAAAGAUGUACAAAAAUUUCUAGGCCUACCUAUUGUGAAUUUAAUUUGAAUUUCAAGUUUUCAUGUAAAUGAAUUGUAACACAAAUUGUCCUAUUAUAAAUGUUAAUUUAACUAACAAAUGUUUUUACACUGUGUCCUUGUUAAAGCACCUUUCUAUUUCUAAGGAAAUAGUCUGUUAUAUAAUGGCGACUUAAUUUUUUUUGUAUCACAUCAGAGCGUAGUGUUGCGGAAAAAUGAAAUUUGCGGAUGUUCUUAAGUAACUACAUUCCGUCAUUGCGCAGUCAUUUAUGUAAAGAAUUCUUGCUAAAAAUUGUUUUUUUUACACGUAAAUUAUUAAUGUGUUGUCAAUGUAAUUUACUAUUUGGGCACAUUUAUUUAAAAACAAACAAAAGAUAACCACAGUUCUAUCUAAAAAAAAAAGUUAUUUGUUGAUUAACCUCUAUUGGCCAUUCUACUAACACAUUUAUUUCUUGUCUGCUUAAGAUUAACCCCUCCUCCCAUAAUGUGGGUGUUAAAUACACACAACCCAAUUUAAGGUAACCACAAUACUUUUUCUCUUUUUUU